AUGUUGGGCUUGGACUGUUUUCGAUUGGACAGUUUCCCACCCACAUCUCGAGAGGGGCUAUUAGGACAUAUAUAUGUGAUUGGGCAAUCCUCCACUCUUGUCUCCGGAAUUGACAUUCAGGCAAAGUUGUCGCCUGAUGUUGUUAGUAGCACCUCGAAGCCUCAGACGCCAUCAUCAAGAUUGGCUUCACAGUGUGGCAUGAAGAAAAGGCUAGGCUCUGAAUCAGUCUCGUUGCCACCUUGUUCUACCCGUAGAAAAUUGGAAAUAAACCAAUCAGAUAAGAGUCUAAAGGGAUCUGAUCAGGUUCAGACAACUCUUGUCUCUGGAAUUGAGGUUCUUAUGGAAUAUAUCAAGAACAAGGAUAACGAGAUUGAGCUCUUGAAAGCCGAUAAUGCUGCUAUAUGGGCUGAGCUGCGACGAAACCAGACUGAGCUCCAGGAAAACAGGACUAUCACCGCUUCAAUAAUCGAGAAGCUGAAGCACCGUUUAGUCAAUUUCUAGUUUUUAUUACGUAUUUUCAGUUUUAAGUCUACUAUGUAUUAUUAUUAACAACCUUUUAACUAAUUUAAAUUAUGUUUUUACUC